AUGUCAUGUAACUAUGUGGUACUUGUGGCUACCAGAGUGAGCAGGCAGUCACCACGAUUGCGUACUCACACACUUGCUCGUACCGACGUGAACAUGACAAGCAUGAAGGUAUAUUAUAAAGUAGUUAUGUGUCGUACAUGCGAUGUGGUGAUAUGCGCGAUGAGUGCGUGCUCGCAAAUGUCUAAUUAUGACUUGUAUAUGGAAAGCGAGGCGAUGUGCUCUGUGAGCGCGUGCUCGCACGAGUGCCGGCCGUCGCCGGGCGGCGCGGUGUGCGCGUGCCCGGCGCCGCUGUACCUGCAGGCGGACCGCGCGGCGUGCGGCGCGCGGCCGCCGUGCGCGGCGUGGGGCGUGUGCUCGCAGCGCUGCCGCCCGCACAAGGCGCGCCACCGCUGCGCCUGCCACCGCGGGUACCGCCUCGCAGACGACGGCUUCACCUGCAAGAGCACAGAAAAGACGACACCACUGCUGGUGUACAGCAACCGACACGAGAUUCGCGCAGUUGAACUGCCGGCGGCGACGUCUCGGGCGCUCAUCUCCUCGCUGAAGAACACGAUCGCGCUGGACUGGCGCCGCGACCCGACAUCCGGCGCCAUACAGCUGUACUGGACCGAUGUUGUCGAUGACAAGAUCUACCGGGGCACCAUGGUCGGCAGCGCUCUAAGCGGGAUUGAGGUGAUCGUUGAACAAGGACUGUCGACUGCUGAAGGCCUGGCUGUGGAUUGGAUCGCCGGAAACCUCUAUUGGGUUGAGAGCAGUCUACAUCAAAUUGAGGUAGCGCGACUAGACGGCAAGUACCGACGGACGCUCAUUGCCGGAGGAAUGGAGAACCCACGCGCCAUCGCCGCUGACCCACGCUUCGGGUACCUGUUCUGGAGCGACUGGGAGCAGGCCGCGCCGCGCAUCGAGCGCGCGUCGCUGUCGGGGACCUCCUCGCGCGCCCUGGCCGCCGCCGAAUUGUCGGCCUUCCACUAUAUUUCCGUGGUAACUGUUGGCAGGCUGGACACGAUCCACACGGCGACGUACGAGGGCUCUGACUUCCGCGAGGUGGUGCGGCGGCACGCGGCGCUGUCGCACCCGUUCGCGGUGACGGUGUUCGAGUCUCACGUGUACUGGACCGACUGGCGCACCAACAGCGUCGCGCGCGCCAACAAGUGGAACGGCAGCGACGUCACCGUCGUGCAGCGCACGCUCACACAGCCCUUCGACAUCAAGGUGAUCCACCCGAGCCGGCAGCCGCCCAGCGAAUACAACCCGUGCGGCGUCAACAACGGCAACUGCACGCACCUGUGUCUCAUCGACAGCGCGGAAGAGCGCGUGUGUGCGUGUCCACACGUCAUGAGACUCGCGGCGGACAACGUCACUUGUGAAGCGCACGAGAAGGUGCUUCUGGUGGGUCGUCGCGGCGAAGUGCGCGGUCUGGACGUGCAGCAACCUCUGGAGCACACGAUCCCGACGGUGUCGAGCCCGCACCUCACCGCGCCCUCGCAGCUGCACUUCCUCGCCGCGGACCGCGCCAUCUACUGGGCAGACGCGGAGGCGAACGAGAUAAAGCGCACGGGCCUGACGGGCGGCGGCGUGCGCGUGGUGGCCGACAGCGGCGUGGAGUCUCCGCGGGGGUUCGCGCUGGACUGGGCGGCGCGCCUGCUCUACUUCACCACGGGCGCCGCGCUGGCCGUGGUCGGCGUCGAGGGCCACCACUACACGCUCGUCUACGAGGACAGCUUCGACAACGUCUCCACGCUCGCCGUCGACCCGAUCAGGGGCUCGUUGUACUGGGCGCGGCAGACUGCCGCCGGGUGGCAGGUGGAGACGGCGCAGUGCGACGGCAGCCGCCGCCGAGUACUGCUGGACCGCCGCGCCGACCCAGACCUCGCCCACGUGCACAGCAUGGUGGUGGAUCACAAGCUGAACCGCAUUUACUGGGUGAACACCGCGUCGGCAACCAUACAGUACAUCGAUAGAUCUGUAGACAAACAUAGCACGCUGCCGCUGCCGGGCGGGUCGUGGCCGGCCGCGCUGGAGGUGUACGGCGAGGAGAUCAUCUGGGCCAACGGACGGGACGACUCGCUGUACGCCUGCCGACACGACGGAAAGGGGCUGCGGCUGCUCAGGAACAACACGCCGGGCGUGAUGUCGCUGCGCGUGUACGACGCGGCGGUGCAGCGCGGCGGCGGCGGCGCGUGCUCGCUGCGGACGAGGUCGUGUGCGCAGCUGUGCGUGCCCGUGUCGCGCACCGACUCCGUCUGCCUCUGCGCAGUCGGGUACCGCCGCAACGGGGACGCCUGCGAAGCGCUGGACGAGGUGGCGGUGGUGUCUCUGAGCUGGGAGGUGGUGGGCGUGGCGCUGAACGCCAGCGCUGACAGCGCCGCGCACUCGCUGCUGCCGCCCGUGCCGCAGCUCUCCGUCGCAGCCGCCAUCGACUACCACGCAGAGGGCGAGUGGCUGUACUGGGCGGAUUCGGAAGCUGGGCGAGUGUGGCGCGUGCGGCGGGACGGCACGCAGCGCCAGCUCGUGGUGCAGCAGCCCGACGCCCCCGACGCCGCCACCGACGACUGGCGAGCCGGUCUGGCGGUGGACUGGGCGGGCGGCGCGGUGUACUGGUCGGACCCUCGCCGCUCGCUGGUGCUGGUGGCGCGGCUGGACGGCUCGCACGCGUACGUGCUGCUCGACACGGACCCCCUCGCCGUCACCGCGCUGGCGGUGGACGCGGGCCGCGGCUGGCUGUUCCUGGCGGGCGGCGGGUGGGUGCAGCGCGCGCGGCCCGACGGCUCGCACCGCGACCUGCUCUACAACGGCACCGCCGUCGCGGACAUCGCGCUCGACACGCAGAACGAGAUGGUGUACUGGGCGGACACGUGGGAAGCGUCUGUAUGGCGCAUGCGGUACGACGGCUCGCAGCGCACCCGCCUCCCGCGCCCCGCGCCCCCCCGUCGACUGGCCGUCGCCGCGCUCGCCGUGCACCGCGGCACGCUCUACUGGCUCGACACGAUGGUGGAACACGGCAGCCUGCUGGCGGCGCCGGUGAACAAUAUGAGCGACUACCGCGUGCUGCGCGACAAACUCGGUGACACACUCAAGGAUAUAUUUAUAUGGUCCCGCGCGGCGCAGUCGGCCCCGGGCGGCGCCGCCGGGUCGCCGUGCGCGGGCGGCGGCGGGUGCGCCGCGCUGUGUCUGUGGGACGGCGCGCGGCCGCGCUGCGUGUGUCCGCACGGGGACCUCGCGCCCGACGGCCACAACUGCACCCCAUACAAAUCGUUCCUGAUGUACUCUCGCGUCACCAGUAUCGAGAGCAUACACCUGACUGACGAGAAGGACCUCAACUCGCCCUACCCGUCCAUACAGAACAAACGGCUGUACUGGACCAACUGGAACGAGUCGCACCCCUGCAUCCAGCGCGCGUACACCAGCGGCCAGGGGCUGCAGACCAUCGUCUCCACAGACAUACUGAUGCCCAACGGACUCGCUCUCGACCACGCAGCUAAGAAGAUCUACUGGGCCGACGCCAGGCUGGACAAGAUCGAGCGCAUGAACUACGACGGCUCCCAUAGACACGUGGUGGUGCGGGCGCGCGCGGAGCACCCGUUCGGCGUGGCGGUGUGUGGCGGCUGGGUGUACUGGUCGGACUGGGUGUCGCACGCCGUGUACCGCGCCGACAAGCUGGCCGGCGGCGCGCGCGCGCUGCGCAGGGACGUGCCGCGCCCCAUGGCACUCGUCGCAGUCGCGCCCCACCAACACCACUGCGCGGCGGACCCGUGCGCGGUGGAGAACGGCGGGUGCGCGGAGAAGUGCUCGUCGGAGGCGGGCGGCGCGGCUAAGUGCGCGUGCGGCGGCGGGCGGCGGCUGGCGGCGGACGGGCGCGCAUGCGCCGCGCCGUCCGCCGCCUGCGCCGCCGAGGAUUUCGCGUGCGCGGAGGGCCCGUGCGUGCCGCAGGAGCUCGUCUGCGACGGCCUGCCGCACUGCUCCGACUCCGCGCACGCCAGCGACGAGGACCUUUACUAUUGCACGUCCCGCGAGUGUCCGCCCGGCACGGUGCGGUGCGGCGCGGGCGGGCGCUGCGUGUCGGCGAGCGCGGUGUGCGACGGACGCGCCGACUGCGACGACGCCGCCGACGAGGACGGCUGCGACUGUCCGCCCGCACACUACAGGUAUCACACCGCACGGUACCGCACUACAUCGCACGAUACCGCACUACACCGCAUGAUAACGCACCGCACUAGAAUACAUCACACAACACAACAAUUACGAUGCUAA